GCCCGCUCGCCCGGCGGCGCGGCGCGGCCAUGGAGGUCUUCAUCCCGUCGUUCCGCUACGAGGACAGCGACCUGGAGCGCGGGUACACGGUGUUUAAGAUAGAAGUACUCAUGAAUGGAAGAAAACAUUUUGUUGAGAAAAGGUACAGCGAAUUUCAUGCCUUGCACAAAAAGCUUAAGAAAUGUAUAAAAACUCCAGAAAUCCCUUCAAAGCAUGUGAGGAACUGGGUCCCGAAAGUCUUGGAGCAACGGCGACAAGGUUUGGAGAUGUACUUACAGGCUGUCAUCUUAGAGAAUGAAGAACUUCCCAAGCUCUUUCUUGACUUCCUCAACGUGAGGCACUUGCCCUCUCUGCCAAAGGCGGAAAGCUGUGGAUCUUUUGAUGAGACCGAAUCCGAAGAGUCAAGCAGACUGUCCCACCAGCCCGUGCUGUUGUUCCUCAGGGAUCCAUUCGUCUUGCCUGGAGCCAGCGACUUCCCGGAUGUGGUGAUUGAAGGGGUUCUCCACGGGGUCUUCUACCCCCAUCCGCAGCCCAGGUAGAAGGCUCCUCAGCACCAGGCGCCCAGGAGCCUCCACGUCCUACUCCAGAAAACCCGUCUCCACCAAAUUAACCGACACGCCCACAGCUCAAGCUGGCGGGGAGGCUCAGGCCCAGCUUCACCUGGGGCAGGCUGUGUCCGCUGGCAUGGUGCUUUGAAAAGUAGAAGCAGAGCCUGCCAGGGGGUGAAGACCUGGCGUUCCAAGUAGAUGGCAGCGGCCCACUCGGAAACCCUCGAGGCCACGGGCGUUCCUGGGAGCCCCAAGCACCACAAACCAAAGCCGUGCUCCGCCUCAGCCACCCCGCUUCAGGACCGCCGUCUCCCGAGUCACGCGGAGACGGAGCGGCGUGCGUGGCUUUCCCGUUCAGAGUCCCUCACACAGUAAGCUUCCUUGCUAGGCGAUUUUCUCAGCCAGUGGGAGUGUAAGCAGCGCAGAGGGUCCCAAACCACACUGUCCUAAAUGUGAAAAGGGAACUAGACUGGGAAUUCAUGACACUGACAGUAGCCCACCUUAAAGAUCACGGCAUCGUGGCCGCCUGACGUGGGGCUGGUUCACACCCUGGCGAUGGCGUCUACCGUCCGUGCA